ACAGUCUUGUUUUUACCGGUUACGUUAACGGUUCAACGUGCGUCGCAGUCGGAGUAGUUGUCGGAGUCGCAGUCGCGUCGCAGUUAUCACAAAACGAUAGCAGUCAAAGCAUUACUACUACUCUACAACUACUACUACUACUUUUCUCUGACAGUAGUAUCAGCGUGUGUUCUUCCACCAAACAGAAAGCAGCAUCCCAGAAAGCGAAUAUAAAAUCGAAAUGCACUCGUGCAGCUUGAAAGCUUGUGCGAAAAGAUCGGGAAUUUGCUAGUGUAUGGCUAUUUAUGUUUAUCACGCUAUUUAAAUAGUAUAAGAGUGUGAGUGAGUGUGUGCUUGGUGUAAACAAUGGUCUGAUAAGAAACGAAACAGUGGCCCACAAUGGUUUGAUAAACAUCAAGUUAAACAACAGUUAGUGCAACUACAAUAAGUUGAAGAAGAAGAAGCUAAAGCUGAAGCAGAACAACACCUGUACAAAGUAAAUACAAAACAUACAAAAAAAAAAAAAACAAAACAUCACACGCAUUUUGUGACAAUAGAUUUAACGAUUAGAUCGCUUCCAAAUUCCAACAAGAUUAAUUAUUGUAAUACAUAAAAAAAAAAGUAAGAGAAGCGCUUUUCGCUGGUUUGUUGUUGUUUGUCCGGCAUUCACUACUGUGUCAAGUCAUCGUCUUCUAUAUACAUAUGUAUUUAGCUGUAUGCGUACGUAUACGUGUGCGUGAGAGUGUGUGUAUUUGUAAACAAGUUUUGCGCAAAAGUGCGUCAAAGUAACAAGUGUUGUGGCAGCAACAGCAACAGCAGCGGCUUCAGCAGCAGCAGCAGCAACAACGACGAAAACAACAACUUUAAGAGCUCAAACCAACAAAAACAACUACAACCACAACAACAACAACAACAACAACAACAACAAGAAACGUAACUGCAAAAUACAAAUUUAUAAAUAAAUAAAAGGAGUACAGUUGAAAAAAAGUUGCAAAUAAAUAAGAAUACAUAUUAAAUAAUGUUUUAACACAAAAUCAAAAUAUAGAAAUUUCAAUAAUUAUAAUAAUAUACCAUAAGUAGUCAGUGCAAGCAAGUUUUUAUAGCUGCAUCUAUAUUUGUAUCUGUAUCUGUAUCUGUGUAUAAAUGCGCGUGUGUUCGUUACGAUGGUGUCCAGUGAAAUGAAAUUAGAUGCUCAAGUCCAACAAGCCAAGUCAAAUGGCGUGUUGUAUAAUCUCUAAUCAAAUCACAUAUAGUAUAAAUAAUAUAUAUAAUCAAAAGUAAUUUAAAAUAUAUACCAAUUAUACUGAGUGUGUAUCAAAAAAAAAGCAAAAAGAAAACAAAGCAUUUUGUCGUCAUCGCUUAUAAGUGUCGACAAAAUAUAUCCAAACAAAAAGAAACAACAAAAUAAUAUAAUUAAUUUUUAACAUAAACGGAAACAGGACGGCCUCAUCACGGAGUCUUUAGAAUUUUUUCCCACUGAGGACGACGAUCUCGAGAUGGAUAUAUUACCGAGCGGAAAUAUAUUCAACGAAUUGGAGCGCAUUUGCACAACUGGCUACUUUUCAUCGCAGCCAUCGAUUGAGGAUCAAUGGCAACAGACAUGCUACGAACUGGAGCGUUAUUUGCGCGACGAGCCAAAGUUGCAGAGCUACAAAAAAAUGCACACGGAUCUGGAUACGGCCUGGGACAUAUUCUCGACGCCGGCACGCCUGCUCGAGGAGCUGAAGAUUAAGGAGAGCCUCGACACGAUCUCGACGACCUCAUCGGUGUCGUCCAACUGUUCGCGCAUAUCGUGGGACAGCAGCGGCUCCCAGGCAUUGAGUUGCGCUGUGCUGGUGAAGCAGGAGCGCAUCGACGAGGAUGACGAGGAUGCGGCCCAUGGAUUAGCUUGUGAUGAGAAGCUGGGCGUGCUGUUCGCUGCGCCACCAUCGGCCAUCUCGCCCAAUCCGAGCAUCGGCAGUGCUGGCAAUAUGACGCCCACCAGCAACAGCAACAACAGCUGUAGCAGCAACAUCAGCAACAGUAGUGUGAGCAUUAGCAGUAGCAGUAGCAACACCAUCACAUUGAGUUCAAGCAGCAGCACAGCGCCGGCAAUUAAGGUGCGUGUGGUGCAGGCCAAAGCACAGCGGCAUUAUCAUUUGGGCCAGAGUCAUGACUUUGUGCUGCCCACCUUGACGCCGCCCUCCUCGCCCGAGUCCAGCCUGCGCAGCCACAAUUAUGCACAGCUCCCUCAGCAGCAACAACAGCAACAGCAGCAGCCACAGCCACAGCAACAACAACAACAACAACAGCGAUCCCAGCAAAUUGAUGCCAGCGAAUUGGCGGCGCUUAUUAAGCAACAACAGCGCCAGCAACAGCAUCAACAGCAGCAGCAGCAGCAGCAACAACAACGUCAGCAGGCUUCAACAACAGCAGCAGCAACAUCAAACUCCACACCCGCAACCGCCAUACUGCACUUCACCAGCCAAAUGCCAAGCGCCAAGAAUGCAACACUGACGCAGGCCACAACGUUGCAGCUGCAGCAGCAGCAGCAACAGUUAGCAGUACAACACUUAAGCAUAUCGCCACAGGCGCUCAGCAAAGCCAGCAACACAACUAGCAACAGUUUGUCUAGCAGCAGCAAUAGCAGCCCAAGUGGCAACAGCAGCAAUAACAACAGCAAUAGUGGAAACAGCAGCAACAGCAAUUCCUCUAGCAGUAGCAACAGCAUUGAUUCAGCAUCGGGCAACCAUAGCAACAUUCCGCGCAGCACAAUCGUACGGCUUACGACCGCUAAUGGAACACCUGGAGCAGCUGGCAUCAGCCUCGCACGUGUUAUACAAAUGCAAAACAAUGGCAAUGCCAAUGUUGCUGCCGUGCUCAGUGCAGCAGCUAACAAGGACAACAGCAACAACAGCUCUAAUGCCGGCAAUGCAACACCAAUGCCACAGCCAUCGACAACAACAACAGCACAAGUGCAACAACAGCAACAACAGCAGCAGCAACCGACACCUCAAAUCAUUGCCGUAGUAACAUCAAGAGCGGAAAAAUCCACAUCUGCUUCUACCAAAAAUCAUCACCCGCGCCAGCAUCACAGCGAUCACAGUCCGGACGCGAAACGUCGGAUACACAAAUGCCAAUUCCUGGGCUGCAAGAAGGUGUAUACGAAGAGUUCGCAUCUGAAAGCGCAUCAAAGAACUCAUACUGGUGAAAAACCAUACAAAUGCUCUUGGGAAGGCUGUGAGUGGCGUUUUGCCAGAAGCGAUGAACUGACUCGACAUUAUCGAAAACACACCGGAGCCAAACCGUUCAAGUGCCGCAACUGCGAUCGCUGCUUCUCGCGCUCAGAUCAUUUGGCUCUGCACAUGAAGCGCCAUAUGUGAAAUGAGAUCUAAAUCGAAAGUAUAAAUAUAGAGAGCUGAAAAUCAACUGUGUGCCAUCAUCACAUGCAACAUGCAAUAUGCAAAACACCGGGAGAUUAACUGGUAUAAAACUCUAACUCUUAGAGGAGACUAUGCAUACAUCACACCACAGCAGAGCACAAGCAAAGCAUCCAUAAGAAGGUUCAUGUUGCUGCCCUUGUUUAUACAUAUUUUUUUUCAAUUAAUUGUAAUGUUUGGAAUAGUUUGCUUUUCUUUUAAUUAUUAGGUAAUCCACACACACACACAUACUUUUAUUUCCAUAUGCAUUUAAUUAAUUGACAAAACAAAUAUUGUACAAUUUUACCAAAGCUAAGCAAUUUAAUUUAGUGCAGCAACAAAGAGUAAAACUGAGCAAAGAAGGCAAUCGUCAUCCAAGAACUUAUGAAGCACAAAAACAGAUAAAAAGAGAAAUAUAUAUGUAAAGAAAAAUACGUGUACAUAUUUUUGUUUUGUUUGUAGCGAGAACAACAAAUAUUGUAAACACUGCCAAAACAAAAAUAAAAAAGGGAUUAUAUAAAUAACAAAAAUAAAAACAAAAAAAAAAACACAAAAAAAAUAUAAGAAACUAAAAUUAAAAUUAAAUAUGUUGGACACAUAUACCAAGAUUUAAAGUUAAUUCAAAUCAUAUGUCAUACUGGCUUAGGUACAACAAUAACAAAAUACAAAACAAAUACAAGUGCAAAAUAUGUUUUAAACAAUAAAUCAAAUGCUUAUAUUUUCAUACAUUAUUUAAUUAAAUUAAUAUAGAAAUAUAAUUUAAAUUUGUAAUUUAAUUGUUGUAUAGGUUGAUUUUAUUGUGUGAAUUGCCAAGCUUAUUUAAAAAAUGCAUAAAUACAAAAUCUGGCGCUACAAAUUUUUUUAUUGUUGACAACUAGUUUGAUGAUUAUUUAAUUUGUAUUUAGAAAGUUCACCAUUGUUUUGUGAUGACAAGUAUUACGAGCAUUUUUUUUCUUCUCCUUGAACAAAUUCUUACGCUCAUUUUUCUGUUUUUCAGACUAAAUUUAACUAAAUUCUUCUUUAUGUGCCUCAUUAAAUGUAAUCAUUUUACUAUUUUAAUUUUUUUUUUAUUUACUAUAAAUGUAUUCCAAAGAGCAAAAUUCAUUCAAUUUCAGCAGAACGCAUUAAGAAUAUUUAGUAAACUUCACGAAAAUCUCCUUAAAUUGUAAUGAAAAUGUUUUUUGGACAAUGUCAACCAUUAUUUUAUAAUUUUGAUUCGUAUUCGUAUGUGCUGAUAGUUUUCUUAGUUUUUAUGUGCUGCUUAUUAUUUAAUUUACCAUUUCGUCUUGUUUACAAAUUGAUUAUUAUUAAUUAUUUUUAAUAAAUAAAAACAUAUAAAAGUUAUGAAUUUGUUUUUCUUUAUUUGAUUUAACAAAAUACAUUAAACAAGUUCCUUUUCUCCAACCCUAAUGACAGAAGUGAACAUGACAUCAAAGUAUACAGUUAAAAUACAUCGAGACAGAGUACGAGUAUAAAAAAUAAUUCUAUUCGAGCAUUGUGGUUUGUGUGAUGAGAAAUUCUGUGAUCCAGAGAAGAUAUUGCUAACGUCUGUCUUCAAUUAGGCACAGUUAUUUUUGAUUAACAAGGCAUAGCAUGAAGGUAAACAACAACUAUUGUAUAUUGACACUCAAUCAUACAAAACAAAAAAAAUAAAUAACCAUGCUCCUUGUUAUUCCAAUGCUGUGUGUAACAACUAAAACAUAUACAAAACACUCACACUGAACAGAAAAUCAUCAACAAAAAUAUAUAUUCCAUUCAAAAUCAAAUUAUCCAUUACAAAACAAAAAAUCUCUUUUGGCUUCCAUGCGAGAACAAAACUUAAGCAAAUGCACUGAAUAUGAUUAUGAUGAUAAUAUAAUUAUAAAGUCUAAAUAACUCCAAAAGAACAAAAACGUGUACGAUGUGUCAAAAAUGCUUCAAUCAGUUUAGUGUAACUUUUCAGAAAAACCAAAACAAAAAAUAAAUAAAAACAAAAAACCCAAAUAAGAAAGAAACCCAAAGAAGGAAUAUUUUGUAUUGAGAAUCUUUAAAAACUAGAUCGAAAAAUCUAAUAAACCCCAUUUAGAAUAUAAUAAUAUGGGAGUCUAACUAUGAAAUAUAUAGACACACACAUACACAUACACACACACACACAUAUAUAUAUAUAUAUAUAUACAUAUAUACUUACAUAUGUAUGUAUUUUACAACUGAAAAUUCAAAUUGUACGCAAACAUAAUGAUGAAUCACGUAUUUUAAAAGUCAAGCAAACCAAAAUUUUUAAAUUUAAUUGUGUAAAAAGUUAAACAAAAUAAAAGACUGGUCAACGAGGUGUUCCGCGUUUAUGCAACAAUUGCAACAAAGGUAAAAAUUAAAUUAUGUAAAAAGGAACGAAACCCAAAAACAAAAUGAAAAGAAAAAGAAAUUAGAAAUUGUCAUAUAUUAUAUUCCAUAUUAAAAACUUGCAUUCGAAUACUCUUCAGCGUAUUGAUAAGCCCAUUAAAGCCCCUAAAUCGAAAAUAUCAAUUUAUUCCAACGUCAGUUAAAUUCAUUUGAUAUUUAACAUUCUGGUUGAGUCUGCGCGCUUGUAAAACUCAUUUUUGACUGUAAAAUUAGUCGAAUUAUCCAUUUGGCAAACGAUAUUAUAUUGUCUACAAGUCAUACGUAAGCUAACUGUAAAGUUAAUAAAGUACGAAUUUUAAGAAACGCUAAAUGUGAGUCUAGAGAGUACUACAAAGUAAAAAGAAAUUAAUAUUAAAAUGGAAAACAAACACUGAAUAUAUUUUAUUGUCUAGAACAAAGCAGUGUAAACGAGACGACAAUUCGUAUAUAUACACAAAAAAAACAGAAACAAAUAUAAACAAAUAAAAUCCAAGGCAGAUGAGAAAACAUCAGAGCAUAAUCUCUGAGCAUUUUCUAUAGAUUUACAGUUUAGUAAUAAAACGGUAUACAAAAAUGUGUGAAUUAAUAAUGUAAUGGAAAAAUUGUUUUGUUCUCUUUAAGUUUUCGUUUGCAUAAUGCUUUGCGAUAUUUUUUGAACUAUGAUUUAGGCAAAAUAAACCAUCAUAAACAUUUCGUUUAAGUGUAGCGAUUAAGCGCAGCAAUAAAUCAAGUUUUUGUGUAUAGUUUAGUAAAAUGAAUUAGAUUAAUGUUAAAUCAAAUCGUAUACAAGAAACACACUACAUUGCAAGCAAAAAAAAAAAAAAUACAAAAGAAAAAAACAAACUAAAAAAAAUAUGAAAAUAUUAAUUAAAAGUUAAACAUACAUGAUAUGAAAUGAUGGCAGACUAUAUAAGUAUGUAAAAUAUAUAUAUGUGAAACAAAAAUUUAUUGCAAACUAUAUAUGUAAAAGUUGUGAAUGUACUAGGCAAUAAGAAUUCAAAAGAAAACAUAUAUAGAGUAGAGGAGCAUGCAAAGCAUCUACCAUUAAGGCACAGCAUUCUGUAUAAAAAGUUAAAACAAUUUUAGACACUUCACUUCACUUCGAUUUGAAGAAUUUCGAGAUAUAAGCCAGAUGAUGAUGAUUUGACUUGUUCGACGCACAAAACUAGCGUUAAAAAACACAUUUGGUACAUUAUUUUGGGAUAUUUACUAUGAUACGAGUUAAACAGGAAACCAUGUUAAGUAGUUGGUGAUGAAGAGAAGGGACGACAGGCAAAGCGAUUUUCUUGGGUCAGCAGCAAAUGGUGAUUUACACAGAUUUUUUAUAAAGAUCUUAAUUUAGCUUUUUUUGAAAUGUAAGUAAGCCUAUGCAUACACGUAUGAAUUAAAUUAAUUGAUAUAAAUUGAAACUAAAUGAAUUGAUAUGGGAAUGGAUUUAAAUUGUACACACACACAUACUACGAGUAAGUCGCGAAAUUGAUAUCAAAAUUAAAGAAAAGUUUCGACACAGGUAAACUAAAAAUACAUUUACAAUAAGUAUGUAUGUAAAUCAAAAGGAGAAUAACAUUAAAAUAAAAAAGCAAACAGUAAUAAUGCUAACAAAUUCAAAAACAAAAAAAAAACAAUGGCUACUUUAACGCUUGUGCAACAAAAAAAAUAUAUAUAAAAUGAAAAACAGACAAAAACCAAAAAAAAAACACUUAACUUAAAAAUGAACCCUUAGCUAAUAGCAAAUAGCAAAAAUCUAAUUGUCAGCGUUUAUUAUUAUUGAUGUGCAAUUGAUGUUUGCGUAUUUUUACGCUUAUUCUUAAAGCAAAUCUCGUUUUUUUUCACUUUGUGGAGCUGCUAAACACACACACACACACACAGACACACGCAUACAAGUAUGUGAGCUGAUUUAUAUAGGUUCUGAUAAAUGAAUAAUAACAGUAACCGAAGUAAUUGCUAUAAUUUAUUCUUUAUCAAAUGUAAAUUCGUUUCUUGCAUUGCAGUGAGCAAGCGAAAUAUGUUUGAAUCAUUUAUCAGUUGAUAUUCUGCAAAUUCUGCAAAUAUAGAAUUUAAUUAAAUUAGCAUAUUUUGCCGUCAUAUUGUAUAUUCUAUGGAAAGUAUAACAAUUUAUUAUUGAUUAUUAUUAUGGCUUGUUUGUUGCGGCUUUUUGUCAAUCUCUAUAUUAAAUUUUGAUAAGAAAAACAUGAAAAAAAAACGAAAAAAAAAUAUAAAAGAAAAACGACAUUUAGAAAAUAAUACAAGUAUAAUAAAGAUAAAGAAAAAUUGAUUUACAAAUAUGAAAAUCGCAAAUUAAUUAGGAUAAAUGCCUAUAGAAGAAAUGAGGUUUUUGUAUUUAGUAUUAGUUUAUUUUGUUAUUAUACAACAAUAGCAACAAACCACAAAAAAAAAUAUAAAAAAAGAAAACAGCAAACAACCAGAAGAUAAAAGAUGGAAAAAGACAACCGACAACCGGCAUAAUUAGAAACGUUAUUUUAUUCUUGUAUAAGUAUAAACUGAAGGCAUUUUCAACGUAUAACAACUAUUAUUGUACGUAAUUUGAUAUUUUGAUGAGAAUUUCUGUGAAAAAAUAUAGAAAAAUAUAAAAAAAAAAAAAUUACAAUUGAAUUUUAAUUGGUGGGCUAACGAGGCGUAUGAUGUAUUUGUGCGGCAGCAGCAGCAACACCCACAAAAUAAAAAUGGCAAAAAAAAAAAAA